UUGCGUGCCGGCAGUCGUUGAAGGCAUCGUUGGCGGCGUGCUUGCACUGACCGAGCUCCGGCACCGUGCCUCAGUCGUCAGUCUGAUUGCGCGUCGGAGUGUCACGCGGGUGAAACCUCCCUGACGUGGGUGUUAAAGCUACAUGAUGCCGCUGACGGAAGGAUCGGCCCCGGCCGAUCGGUGCUCGGCUUCGGGUUCGGCAGCAGGAUCGACGUUCGAUGUCCAGCUGGACACGGCGCUUACCGACGAUCGUCAUCAUCACGGUGAAGAUCCUGCUGCCGCGCGUAUCGAAGCUGACGAAACCGAUCGGGCGGCGGUACCGUCGUUUUUAGUGGAGAGUGUAGUAAGUGCGGGGCUGCCACCAGAAGCAGAAGAAGAUGACGGACCGGCGGCAGUACAGAUCAAGAAAGCGCGUAAGUCCAUGCUUUUCCAAGCAACGAACCACCACCACCAUCAUCACCAUCAACACCACCGGACACACCGAUACGAUAUCGAGCAAGAGAAAUCGCAUCCUGACGCUGUAUCUACUUUAGCGGAGCUGUUGCAGGAGUCCGGCCUACAGGCGUCCGUGCACGAUAUUCUAAACGAUGGCGAGGAGGACCAGAUGUUUAUUACCGGGUACGAGCGAUGUCUGCGCAAAACGUUCGUCUGCUACGUAGGGUUCCUGCUGACGUUCGGUAUCCUGCGGUUGGUGAUGCAUUGGCGGCGCCAUUGGUUGCUGCUGGCGACGCACCGGGAGUGUUCGCUCGAGCGUGCGGACAAGGUGCUGAUCCAUGAGGCGUACCAGCGGAAGCACGAUCUGUACUAUGUGAAGGACGUCAUAACGCUCAACGGUGAUGUUAUCAGUGAAAUUCUGGACGAAAAGAAGAAACCAACAACCUCCAACGCACGAAACGUGAUCAAGGAACUAACGCAGAAUGGAAUUGUCGACUACAUUGGGUUCUUGCGCUCGCUUGACCCGUUCCAGGUGGCCUACCAUCGGACAGGUGGACGUUUCGAGCUUGCAAGCACAAUGCGCUACUUUUGCUGCAAAAAGCUUCGCUACAUCUGGUGUGAUGUGAGCAAAAAGUUCAUCAAGCUACAGGGCCUUGAUGUGGAGGUACCGAGCGUACUCAUCCACCACACGAAAGGGCUAUCCAAGUACGAACAAAGCAUCCGCCGGCUAAUCUACGGAAGUAACGAAAUCUUUAUCCCGCUGCGCACCGUCCUAACGCUACUAUUUCUCGAGGUGCUCAACCCGUUCUACGUGUUUCAGAUCUUCUCGGUUAUACUGUGGUUCUUCUACGAGUACUAUUACUACGCGGUCGUUAUUAUACUGAUGAGCGCGUUCGGUAUAACGGUAUCGAUCAUACAGACGCAGCGCAACCAGCGUGCCCUAUACUCAACGGUCAAGAGCACCGAUACAGCAAUGGUAGUGCGCGAUACGAUGGAAUCGGAAACGAUCGAAACGCGCUUUCUGGUACCGGGUGAUGUGUUGGAAAUUCCCGCCACCGGUUGUACGAUGCAGUGUGAUGCGGUACUACUAUCGGGUAACUGUAUCCUGGAUGAAUCGAUGCUGACGGGUGAGAGUGUUCCAGUGACGAAGACUCCGUUGCCGCUGAAGCGUGAUUUGAUCUACAAUCGAAAGGAGCAUGCACGUCACACACUGUUCUGCGGGACACGCGUUAUCCAGACUCGUUACAUUGGGAGUGAGAAGGUGCUGGUGAAGGUGUUGAACACGGGCAACAUCACCGCAAAGGGGGGAUUGAUCCGAUCGAUUCUUUAUCCACCUCCGGUGGACUAUAAGUUUGAGAAGGAUUCGUACAAGUUCAUCACCGUGCUGGGUGUGGUGGCGUUCUGUGGCUUUGUGUAUACGCUUUAUACGAAGAUAAGCCGCAGUAUUGGUGCGAUUAAGAUUAUUGUGGAAUCGUUGGAUCUGAUCACGAUCGCUGUUCCGCCGGCACUGCCGGCUGCGAUGACUGUUGGCCGUAUGUACGCUCAGAAGCGUUUGAAGAAGAGCAACAUCUACUGUAUCUCACCGCGUGCAAUCAACGUGUCCGGAAGUAUCGAUUGUGUGUGUUUCGACAAGACGGGAACGUUGACGGAGGACGGUCUGGAUAUGUGGGGUGUACUGCCGAAGGAUUCGACCAACAGUUUUCAAAUACCGCUCAAGGAAAUUGCCCGUUUACCGAUGAGUGAUCAUCUACUCUUCGGUAUGGUGACGUGCCAUUCGAUAACGUUCGUCAAUGGGGAGAUGCGUGGUGAUCCACUUGAUCUGAAGAUAUUUGAGUCGACUGGUUGGAUUUUGGAGGAGGCGAAUGUGUCCGACGAGACCAAGUACGACAUGCUGUUCCCGACGAUUGUGAAACCACCGCGCGGUGACUCGCGAGACGAGCUAAACCUCGAGCUGGACGUAGCGUACGACAAUUCGAACGAUAUCGGUAUUGUGCGUGAGUUUUCCUUUACAAGCGCACUGCAGCGAAUGUCGGUAGUAACGCGUAAGGUGUCCGACAACCAUUUCAACGUGUACGUGAAAGGAUCGCCCGAGAUGAUUAGCUCGCUGUGUAGGCCCGAGAGCAUACCACAAGAUUUUCAAUCGAAGCUAGGAUUCUACGCCCAGCAAGGCUAUCGAAUCAUUGCGAUCGCUUACAAACAGCUGGACAAGAAGCUAAACUACCCAAAGGUACAGAAAAUUGCACGCGAAAAGGUAGAGUGUGAGCUAGAAUUCUUAGGGUUUGUAAUAUUGGAAAAUCGACUCAAAGCGGACACAGAGGAAGUGAUCGAAAGUCUAAACGCAGCCAACAUUCGCUCGGUAAUGGUAACCGGAGAUAACCUGCUUACUGCGGCAAGUGUCGCACACGACUGUGGUAUGGUACUGGCGGGUCAGAAUCUUGUCACAGUGACAGCACACGCGGAUAAAACAAAUCCGGAUCGUUACUUCCUGUCGUACGAUAUUACCGGUCAGCCACAGCUAACACAGUCCGAUAUCAUUAACGAUAAUGAUCAGAUGCCGACCGAUGGUAAGUCGGAUGGAACGGCCAUCCACCACAGAGUGAAGGAGAAUGGGAACUACGCCCUCAUGACAGAAUCGAACAGUAUCAGCAGUUCGAUCGACACGUGUACCAUCUCGACCCAGCUCAGUACCAACUUCGACCACAAGGAUAUUCACUCGCAUCGUAUCAUCAUUGAGCCUCCGGACCAUCACGAUGUAAAGGCGGUAAAUGGUGGCACGUUCGGAAAGGGUACGAGUACAGCAUCCGGUUCGUUCCGGUUCGCACUUACCGGCAAAACGUGGGCAAUCAUUAACGAACACUUCCCGGAGCUGGUACCAACGAUUACUUCGUUCGGGACCGUUUUUGCGCGCAUGUCUCCGGAUCAGAAACAACACUUAAUUACGGGGCUGCAAAAUCUUGGCUACUACGUGGCAAUGUGUGGCGAUGGAGCGAACGAUUGUGGUGCGUUAAAGGCGGCUCACACGGGUAUUUCACUGUCGGAAGCAGAAUCAUCCGUCGCAUCACCAUUUACGUCGAAAAAUCCAACAAUCGCCUGUGUGCCGAAUGUUAUCAAGGAGGGUCGUGCCGCGUUGGUAACUUCGUUCGGUAUAUUUAAAUUUAUGGCGGCCUAUUCACUCGUUCAGUUCGCAUCCGUCGUGAUCCUUUACUCGAUCGAUUCGAACCUUACCGAUUGGCAGUAUCUGUAUAUCGAUCUGUUUAUCAUCUCGAUUGUGGCGUUCUUCUUCGGCAAAACUUCUUCCUACGAUGGACCGCUUGUGAAGCAAACACCUUCCAACUCGCUUAUAUCGCUUGCGCCGCUUCUCUCCCUCGCUCUGCACAUGAUCGUAGCGAUCGGCAUACAGAUGGCCGGUUGGUAUCAUGUGCAAGCGCAACCAUGGUUCGAACCAUUCAACUACACCUCCGACCGGGAACUGAACGAUCACGGAUGCUUCGAAAACUAUACCAUCUUUGCGAUCUCCUGCUACCAGUAUCUCAUACUGGCGAUUGUCUUCUCCAAGGGUGCUCCCUACCGGAAGUCUAUCUUCUCCAACUAUGGCUUCAUCAUUAGCAUCGUGGUGAAUGCGGCGAUUGCCGUCGUACUAACCGUGUAUCCACCAACCUGGAUAGCGGAACAGUUCGAGCUUGUUAUGCCACCGGAGGGAGAGUUUCGUUUCCGGCUGUAUCUCGUCGCGUAUGGAUUGAUCAACUUCCUACUGUCACUGUUUAUUGAACACGUGAUUGUGGAUGAGAUUGCUUUCAAGAGGUUACGCUACCGGUGGCACAAUGUGGCCAAAUCACGCCGCAAGUACUUACAGAUACAGCAAAGCUUCCAGCGCGAUAUCCACUCGCCGAGCGACUUUAAAACCGUGUUCGGUUGGUCGAGCGAGAAGUAUGAUUACUGACGCCAUCUUUCUGCUGAUAGUGUUGCGUCGUCGGCGGCACUCCAAGUUAUUGCU